AUGGAUGUUUCCGAAGAUCUAGCAAGGGAUUACCCUCCAAGACUUUACCAUGAAGGGGCUUCUAUUUUUGAAAACAAAAGCAUUAAUACGAAUAGUCAUUUUUCUGAGAUCCCUCGACUUAGACAAGCAAUUGGAAUACAUGUGUGGGAUAAUCUGAAGACGUAUCCUGUUGGAUUGAUUGCUAAACUGGCUGAGAGCAAAUUGGUGUGGUCUGGUAAGACCGUACAUUAUCUACUUGUAGACAGCUGCGAGUCUAUAAGAAGGAGAUUUGGUCUCUCGUUGUUGAUCAACCUCUCAGUGACGCUUGGGUGCGGACCCAAGUUUGAUGAGCUUAUAGAAGCUUUAACGGAGUGUCCAUUCUGGAGUGCUGAUCAGCGGAAAUGGUAUAGGCUGUUGUUUCUUAUAGCCAUUGGACUUUAUGGCUUGCAUCAUAAUUGUAGAAUACCCUUUGAAAGUGCAAAAAGAGUAUUCGAUGAUGACGCCCUGAUGACUUAUCCUUGGGGUCGGACUGCCUAUGAAUUUCUUGUUGAUUCUAUCAAGUUGUUGCAUCCACAAGGAGGGUCGUACACCCUUAGCGGCUUCAAGGACGUGUUAUUGGUUUGGGCGUAUGAAUCUGUCACAGUGUUCGGAGAGCUUUAUGGCAGAAAAGUGAAUCCAGACGAAAUUCCGCUUUUGCAAUGGGGUGGAAGUCGUACUCGUGCAAGUCUUGCUACUACAAUAGCUAAGGAGAUGAAUGAUCAUGGAACGGUGCGUGUGAGGAAAAUGGUGAUGAAGGAGGGUCUAGAAGAGCUGUUUCCUCAGUGGAAGGAUGAAGCAGAUGACCUACAACUUGAUAACCUAAUUAAAGAUAUACAUGCAGAUAGGUUUGCUGGAGUUUCGUCAGAGGCUGAGCCACCCUCAAAGAAGCAGAAGAAAGGUAAGAAACAGAAUGAGGUGAAAAUCAAUGAGGGUGAAACUGCUGUUGUAGAGGAGAAGGAGAGUGCAAAAGAGAAGGGUCGUAGCGAAGCGGUUCUGCUGAACAUAGUUGCUCAUCUCGAGAAGUUGGACCAAAAAUUUGACUCGAGAUUAACAGAAUACGACACCAAGUUUGGAGAUUUUUCCCAAGAAGACAACCAACAGCCGGAGUCCAAUAGUGGUCAACCUGAUGGUCAAAACGUGAUGGUCUCAGAAGACAACCGACAGCCGGACUCUAAUAGUGGUCAACCUGCAUCUAAGACCCCUAUUGAUAAACAGUUCGAAGACAACCAACCGCAAAAGACCCCUGAUAAAGGCCAAUCUGAGAAGAAUCUGGCAGAUGAUAUUGCUAAAGCUGAUGCGAAAGGUAUGGGAGCAAAGUUGAAUUCGAAGGUUGUCAGGGAUAAGGCUGCUGGGGUGAAAAAGAACUUGGAUUCGGCGUUUGGUAAUGCCGAUGCAACAAAUGCUGAUUUGGUCUCUGAUUCUCCUGGUAAGGAACCACCAUUCAGACGCUAUUGCAGGGGCUUAGGGAAAAGAAAUAACUUAGCGGCUGAUUUGGAGAGGAAUGAAGCUGAGUUAAAGAAGAAGUAG